AUGGACUUUCAGGGGCAUAUGCAGUAUAUCGUGUCUGUUGAUAUCGGAACGACCACUAUCAGAGCCUGUCUAUACGGAAAGUCUUGUAAUAAACUUAAAGUUGCUGAAGAGAAAGUUGAUAUUGAAAUAUCAGGUCAAGAUGAAUGGGAGCUCAGGGUCGAAAUCGCACCUGAAAAACUACUUGAACAGUUCAUACGAGUGGUUCAGAGUGUUUUGAAAGAUGUGAGUGCAGAGGACUCGGUGGCUAUGGCGUUGUGUUGUCAACGGAAUUCCUUUGUGUUUUGGAAAAAAUCAACAGGCAAACCGCUACAUAAGAUUGUUUGUUGGAAUGAUGCCCGCGCCAGGAAAUCUUGUGAGGACUGGAACGGUUCUGUAUUUAUCAAAAUGCUUAAUGCUGGUGGAUCCUUUCUCCACUUUUUCACUCGUAUGCCCAGGUUUAUGGCAGCUAAAAACCUUAAAUUUCUAUCUGCUAUGGUAACACAUAGAGCUUUAGUAACGUUAGAGACAAUUCCAGGUCACAAAGCUUUAAUUAAUGAUAAUGAUCUUGGUUUCGGAUGCUUGGAAACAUGGCUUAUCAAUCGAAUAAGUGUUAGUGAUAACUACUUAGCUGAUGCAUCCAAUAUCUCAUCUACUGGACUGUAUGAUCCAUACAUAAACGGUUACAAUAACGUCAUAAUCAAAAUUCUUGGUUUCCCUACUAGCAUACUUGCCCCCAUAUGUGAUUCGAUAAGUUCGAAAGAGCUCUGUUUCAUAAAGGAGUCCUUCUUUGGAAGAAAAAUUCCCAUAUCAGCCAUCCUUGCCGAUCAGCAGUCUGCUCUUUAUGGAAGUGGUGGUUGGGACUUACAUGAUGUUAAAAUCUCAUUGGGCACUGGCACAUUCGUAGAUAUGAAUACGGGAAACAAGCCUCAUGCUUCUAUGAAUGGCCUCUAUCCACUUGUGGGCUGGCGAAUGAACAAUACACCUGUAUACAUAGCAGAAGGAAAUGAUCAUGACACCGCUGUACUUUUGAAGUGGGCCGGAGAAAUAGGCUUGUUUGAAAAUGUUCAAGACACAAGUGAUAUGGCAUUUGCUGUAAAGAGCACCAAUGGAUUAUUAUUCGUACCUGCAUUCGGAGGUCUUCAAACUCCAAUAAAUGACGGGUUGGCUUGUUGUUCAUUCAUGGGACUUCGGCCAGAUACAAAAAAAGUGCACAUGGUGCGAGCCAUAUUGGAGUCUAUCGUUUAUAGAGUUUAUCAAAUAUAUCAGACUAUGAUGGACGAAGUCAAACCUACAAAAACAUCAAAAAUCAGAAUAUGUGGAGGUGUAGCUCACAAUGACUUUGUUUGUCAAUCGAUUUCUGAUAUGUUGAACUGUGAAAUUGAACGAGUAACCGAUGGAGGUCUCGUCGCGUGUCGUGGCGUGGCACUGUUGGCAGGGGUUCAACUAGGUCUUUGGAAAGAGGCGGAUCUGCCAAAUAUGAUAAGUAUCGAAAGUGUUUUCAAACCAAACGCCGAUAGUCGCCGGGUUUUAGUGAAGACGUUCCCUCUAUGGCUUCAAGCCGUUAAACGUAGUACUAAGUUCUACUAA